CGACAGGGGUGCCAGUUGAACUGCUGAACAUGAAUGAUAUGAUCUGAUACCACGAAUAUUUCAUCAUUGUACUAUUAUUGCUUCAAGGUGCCUCUUGGUGGAAUGAUGCGCUGAAGCUACCCACUUGGCUCAGAACGUGAUUUCACUUGAAGCUGCUCAGCUAGUCAGUCACUGUCCCAACGACGCCAUGAUUCGCGCACUGGUUCUUUUCGCGCCUUUCUUUCUGGCCCCCCAGUGCGAGUCCUUGGUGGUGACUUGGACGGAGCAGACGGCAAGUCCAGACGAUAUGUGGAUCGAGAGCAUUUGCAUGACACCGGAUGGCAAUACGAGGCUGGCACCAGAUGGUAACAACAGAGGCAACCUUUGGACCAGUUCUGAUGCUGGGGCCACUUGGGUGGAGUACGAAGGAGGAUCAGGCCCGCAGCACUGGAAAUCUUGUGCAGUUUCGGCCGAUGGCAGCAAAAUGGUUGCGGGUGCCGGUGGCAGCAAGAUCUGGGUGAGCUCCGAUGGUGGUUCCACUUGGACAGAGAACCAAAAAAGCCGGUCUUGGAAUGGUGUGGCCAUGUCAAGCGAUGGCACCAAGAUUGCAGGAGCAGCGAAUCCAGGCAAGCUUGUUCUAAGCAUUGAUGGUGGGGCCACAUGGCAAGAGCUUCUCAGUGCCGCCUCGGGUGUGAAUCAAAAGUGGAACGCUAUUGCCAUGUCAGCUGAUGGCACCAAGAUCGUGACGGCGGUCGAGGAUGGCAACAUUUGGGUGAGCUCCGACAGUGGUGCCACUUGGCAAGAGGACACCAGCGUUGGGUCAACUCAGAAAUGGCGUCGGGUGGUCAUGUCAGCUGAUGGAACAAAGAUGGUGGCGCAGCCUGUUGAGGCGGGGCAAAGCAGCAUUUGGCUGAGCUCCGAUGCUGGUGCGACCUGGCAAGAGACCAGUACCGGCCUUGCGUGGCAAAGCUGGUUGUAUUGGGCGGACGUUGCCAUGUCAGAGAGUGGCGACAUCAUUGCUGCGUUGGCGUAUUCCACCGAUGAGCUUGCUGUGAGCAUGGAUGGUGGUGCCACAUGGUCAGCAGUCGAAGUCAGAUGGGCACAAAGCUUCAGGUCUAUUGCCUUGUCAGCAGAUGGCCGAAAGAUCGCUACCAGUUUCGAAGCCAAAAUUUUUGGUGGCACCCUUGACACCACGACCACCACGGUCAGUACUAUGACAAACACUACCACGGCGACCACAACGCGCACCACCUCAAUGACCACGACCAUGACCAUGGACAGCACGAGCGAUGACGGCGAUGAUGGCACCACAGGCACCACAGGCGGCAACAGCACGAGCUCCGCGACUGAGACCACCACGAGUCUUGAUGAUGAGACAGGCAAAGCCAGCUCGCACGCUCCUCCCCUCGCCGUUGCUUUCGCAGCAGUUCUGGUGGCCAUGCCGUUGAUGCGUGCUUGAAUGUGAAGAUGUCCGAGCCUAGGUUGCAGAACCCUUUUGCAUCUUUAUGCACUGUACCCUUUUCGCAUUUGAAGAUCAGACUUCUGCACGGCCCAAAAUCAUUUUUGGUUAAUGGCAUGUUCAAUGGGAAUAGAAUUCUACAAAGACUGGCCUGGCAUCAACUGAUCUUCGGACACUUUUCAACAGGUCCUUUCACGGUAACACCGUGAAGGGGACCCUGUUCCAAUUCCGCACAAUGUGGCGAGCACUGACUCCGAGACACCAUGAGACCUCGGAAGCAAGAGGCAAAACCC